CCAUCCCUUAUUUGUGCCGUUUGAAACAAAAACAAAUAAAGAUUCCUCAUUUCUAGAGAGAGAAAACCGCACAAAAAAGAUAUUUUCAUUCGUAUCGCCUUCUUCCUCAUCAAAUUAGGGUUUCUACUCGCACAUUCCAAUCACAAUCUUCUCAGAGAAAGAAGAUUAGUUUAUAGAUAUUGAUAUUGACGAAAGUUUUUGAAGAAAUUGGAGAAAUUGAGGGGGGAAAGUGAAAAAUUAGGGUUUGUGUUUGAUUAUGCCAACUUCUUGGGCUGAUUCAGUUGCUGCAGCUGAAAACACAGCUGCUGGUUCAUACGGUAGUUCGAAUUCGUUAGCUCCAAACAGACCGACUUACGUCCCGCCACAUCUUCGUAACCGUCCUUCUAGUUCAGAGGCUGCAGCUGCACCAGCACCAGCACCAGUUGCUGCAAAUACCGGUGUUCCUGCUGUUAGUGGUGGUAACCGUUGGGCUGCUCCUAGAAACGACUUUAGGUCUGGUGGGUACGGUGGUGGUGGUGGUGGUGGUGGACGUGGCGGCGGUGGUUGGAACAACAGGAGUGGUGGAUGGGACCGUGGUAGGGACCGUGAGGUAAACCCUUUUGGAAACGAUGACGGUGCCGAGCAACAAUUCGUUGAUCAAGAGAAUUCUGGGAUUAACUUCGAUGCGUAUGAAGACAUUCCUGUUGAGACAAGUGGUGACAAUGUACCGCCACCUGUCAAUACGUUUGCUGAGAUUGAUUUAGGUGAAGCGCUUAAUCUAAACAUUAGGAGGUGCAAGUAUGUGAAACCAACUCCUGUUCAACGCCACGCGAUACCGAUUUCACUUGGUGGUCGCGAUUUGAUGGCGUGUGCACAGACGGGGUCGGGAAAGACUGCGGCGUUUUGUUUCCCAAUUAUUAGUGGAAUAAUGCGGGGGCAGUUUGGUCAACGAGCACAACGGAUGCCUCGUACAGCGUGUCCACUUGCUCUUAUUCUCUCACCCACACGAGAGCUAUCAUGUCAAAUUCAUGAAGAAGCUCGGAAGUUUGCUUAUCAAACUGGUGUAAAAGUGGUUGUUGCUUAUGGUGGAGCCCCGAUCAAUCAACAGCUUCGAGAGCUAGAAAGAGGUGUCGACAUUCUCGUUGCAACCCCUGGGCGAUUAGUGGAUCUGUUAGAGCGUGCGCGCGUCUCUCUACAAUCCAUCCAGUAUUUAGCUUUAGAUGAAGCUGAUCGAAUGCUAGAUAUGGGUUUUGAACCACAAAUAAGGAAAAUCGUGCAACAAAUGGACAUGCCCCCGCCAGGUGUCAGACAGACAAUGUUAUUCAGUGCCACUUUUCCCAAAGAGAUACAGAGAUUGGCGUCUGAUUUUCUUGCAAAUUAUAUAUUUUUGGCUGUGGGAAGAGUUGGUUCGAGUACCGAUUUGAUUGUUCAGAGAGUCGAGUAUGUACAAGAAAGUGAUAAAAGAAGUCAUCUUAUGGACCUUUUGCAUGCACAAAGGGCUAAUGGUGCGCAUGGCAAGCAAGCGCUUACAUUGGUUUUUGUGGAGACUAAAAAAGGGGCCGAUUCACUAGAAUAUUGGUUAUGCAUGAAUGGCUUCCCCGCCACCACUAUUCAUGGCGAUAGAUCACAGCAGGAACGUGAACAGGCUUUGAGAUCAUUUAAAAGCGGGAAUACCCCAAUCUUGGUUGCAACAGACGUAGCAGCACGUGGUCUCGACAUUCCACACGUGGCCCACGUGGUCAACUUUGACCUACCAAACGACAUUGACGACUACGUGCACCGUAUAGGAAGAACCGGCCGAGCAGGAAAGUCAGGCCUAGCCACUGCUUUCUUUAACGACAACAACACCUCAAUGGCUAGACCGUUGUCAGAGCUCAUGCAAGAAUCUAACCAAGAGGUUCCGGCUUGGCUUGCUCGUUACGCAGCUCGAGUUUCCUACGGUGGCGGCAAGAACCGCCGUGGUGGUGGUGGUGGUGGUCGGUUUGGCGGGCGUGAUUUCCGGCGAGACAACAAUUUUAACCGGGGUGGUGGAGAUUAUUAUGGUGGUGGGAAUACGAAUAACGCUUACGGAGGAGCUCCUGGCGGCGGGUAUGGUGGCGGAUAUGGAGCUUCUGGUGGUUAUGGUCCCGGUGUUGCUAGUGCUUGGGACUGAGUCUUGUUUUUUCUGAAACAUAACUUGGUUUAGUGGAUUUGUUUUUAGUACCCUUUUUUCGGGUAAUUUGGGUAGUUUUUUUCUAUACCAGUAACGGAAUUAGGGUUAUGUUUGGUGGCUAAUGGGUUGUGGAAUUUGGUCGAAUAUGUAUAGAACGAUAAACAACCCGAGUUGAGGGUCUGUAGAUUAUUGCGGGUUUGGUGUUGUGGGUUUUCUGCAGAGCCUCAGCCUCCCUCUUAUGGCUAAACCACAGUGUGCUUGUUUUUGUUUUA